UGGAGGGGCCCUAUGCGCGGUUUGCAGGCAGUCCCGCGUCGCAAGGCCUGCUACAUUUUGAUCUGUGGGAGCAGAAACCGCGAAGUGGCCGUUGGUAUUGGGAUGCAUUGAAGAAGCGUAUGAUGAAAAGUGGCAUGCGGAAUUCGUUACUGUUGGCUCCAAUGCCCACUGCAUCCACUUCGCAGAUACUUGGGAACAAUGAGUGCUUUGAGCCAUUUACCUCAAAUAUCUACGUGCGCCGAGUGCUGAGUGGUGAGUUUCCUGUGGUUAACAAGUACCUUGUGAUGGAUCUCAUUAAGCGGGGUCUGUGGAACGAAGAGAUGCGCAAUCAGAUCAUUGCCUACAAUGGCUCGGUGCAAAACAUUAGGGGCAUUCCAAAUGACCUCAAGGAGCUGUAUCGUGUUGUGUGGGAGAUUCGGCAGAAGGAUCUCAUCGAGAUGGCUGUGGACCGUGGCAAGUUCAUUGACCAGAGUCAAAGCUUGAAUCUAUUUUUGGAAAAUCCAACUUCCAGCCAACUGACAUCCAUGCACUUUUUUGCCUGGGAACGUGGCCUAAAGACGGGUAUGUAUUACCUACGGAGCAAACCGGCUGCGGAUGCAAUCAAAUUUACCGUUGAUCCAAAUACCUUAAAGGGACUUGUGAAGGAAGAUGAUCGAAAACAAGUAUCCUCCGCGACACCGAGUAAUGAGGAUUGCUUGAACUGUGGCUCGUGA